CAAUAGAAACCUCUGAAUGGUCAUAGCAACGCGGAUUCAGCUGUUCUGGGUUUUUCGUAUAGCUGCCGGGGGUUCACUUUUCGACUCGGCGACGAUCCCGAUCCCGCCUUGGUAAAUCCGAGCUGAUAAGAGAUCCCCUGAUGUCACGAUCAUCGGGACUUUGUUGGCAGACUCUAAAAUAUUUAAUCAAGAGCCACACGCGCUGUAGCCUCAGUCCUAGCUCAACUCUCAGCUUUGAAGCAAUACCGCCGAGCUACACUAUUAUCAAAAUGAAAUACUUCGAGUGCUGUUGGCUGCUCAUCGUAGUACUACUCUUCGUCUCCUCGCAAAAUGCCUUGGCGGCCCCAAAAGGAAAGAGAAAGGGAUUUUCGUUUCCAAAAUUACCACAUGUCAACAUAAAUAUUCACCAUAACAACAUUCACAUCGGCUAACAAUGGCUUUAUUAACGAGCAAUUUAGUGUAGUUGUUAAUAACUUAGUAUGAGUUCAAUACAUAGCUGUAGUCAUGUGUUCCAGUAAAUAUUAAUUCAGUGGCUUAAAAAAUAAAAGUGCUCAAAUUACGUUUAAAAUAUUUAAA